GCUGCAUUCAAUUUUUUGUCAAGUCCAGCUGCUAAGUCACUACGAUUAUUUAUCACGCCAAUAACCCGACGGGAAUUACUACCACAUAUAAUCCGAACUAACCAACAAUAAUUCGCAAAAAUGCCACCCUUCAAGGAUGAGCACAUUCUCAUCAUUGCGCCUGGCUCACAAACAACUCUUGCUCAACUAGGUCUUCCUGAAUCCUUUACACCACCACAACGAAGAUUUCCCACUCGUAUGUUUCUCGCUCCUGAUGGAAAAACCUACGAGCCAUACAAAAUUCGACCAAAAAAGAAAGACGCCUCAGCUACAACAAAUGGCGAUACCGAGAUGGGUGGAAUCAAAGAAGAUAAGGUAGAUGAGGAAGAAGAAUUAGAGGAAGUCCCUGAGGAUGAUGAAGGCGCUAUUUGGCCAUUGAAAGAGGGUCGAAUCGAGAAUCUUCCAGCCUUUUGCGCUUUUUUACAUCACGUUCACAAUCAAUUAUCGCCAACUCUUCACACACCUGUAAUGUUAAUCGCGCAACCUGCCUGGACAGCCAAGAAUCAUGAAGACCUCACUCAAUUCAUAUUUGAAAAGUUCAGAACUCCGGCGCUUUGUAUUAUGGACAGCGCAUUGGCAACUUCAUAUGCAUUUGGAAUCGCAAACUCAACAGUCAUUGAUGUAGGGUUUGAAAAGGUUGACAUUACUGCUGUUACGGACUUCCAAAUAUCUGGCAGAGGAAACAUACCACAGUCGGGUGGAGAGGCAAUGACAUUACGCUUGCAAGAGUUACUCAAGUCGAAGGACUUUACAAGGGAUAUGGCAGAACAGUUGAAGAAGAGUGCAAUAUGCGAAAUAUUACCCCUGGGGACUCCUCUACCGGGCGGUGAGGAGAACGUAGAAGUCGUAAGCAACCCUGCCGCUGCAGCUUCCACUGGCGCCCCAUCAUCUGGACCGAAUGUUAAGGUUGCAGAAGCACCUCGUGGACCAGGACUAAAUACCGAGGUGGGAGAAGAAGAUACCAUCAAUGGUGUCGAUGUUACAGAAGAUGAUGGUGUUUUAGACGUUGCCAGUAUUGUGGCAAGUGGGAAAACUCAAGAAUAUCUCGCAAAGAUCGAAAAGGAGAAAGCUGGAAAAGCUUCUAAGAAGGCUCAGAAGGACAAAGAAGCAGCGGAGGCGGCAGCAGCUAAGCCAGUGAGAUUACCAAAUUCGAAGAGACCUCGCGCCACGUUCCACUACGAAUCAUCACUUCCUGAGCCGGAUGCAAAACGCCAAAAGACACCCGAGCCAGUGACCGCAGCGAAUCAUGAGGGUGUACCAUCUCCAAACGGCACAUCCACCGAUGCUCCCGUUGAGGCUACGUCAGGUACCGACGCCGCUGUUGCGGUAGAUGAAACUGCAGCUCGUGAGCAAGCAAAGACAGCACGCAGACAGAAAGCUUGGGAAGAUGAGCAUCCGGACCGCAUGAGAAGAGAUAUUGACAUCGGCUUAGAGAGAUUCCAAGCAGCCAGUGAGAGUUACAUGGACGCUAUUGCCGAUACUGUUUACAGAACCAUCCUCUCCGUCGACGACAUUUCCAAACGUCAAGAUGCUUGGGAUUCUUUGAUUAUCUGUGGAUCAGGAUCAAAGGUCAGAGGCUUUAAAGAUGCGCUCAUUGCAAUCCUCAAUAGCCGAUACCUUAUUUCGCCAAGCUCUGCAACCAUGUUUAUGAGUGAACUCCCUUCUAAUCUACCAACGCCAUCCGGCACAGGUUCCAUGACACCAAAUGCUUCCUUCUCCUCGACACCACACCCAGUACCCUCAGCCAACGCAGUGAAUCCCUUACUCCUCGCAGCGACUACCGCGUCCAAUCCUGCACUCAACCCCAAUAUAUCUUCGUUCAACAGCGGUGCAAAUGCUCAGCAUUCAUCACACUCUCAGUCACCCACUAGCAUUAAACUCGCCACUCCCCCAGGAUACUUCCCAGAGUGGAAGACUUAUGAAGAGGCCGUGUUCCUAGGAUCUCAGGUAGCUGCCAAGGUCAUUUUUGUUGUAGAUCAGGGUCUAUCCAAGGGGUUCUUGUCACGAGUGGAUUUCAACGAAGAAGGACCAACUGCUAUUCAUCAAGUUGGUCUUGUGUAUUAA